AUGCAGCUUGUUGUGGCAACAAAUGCUGCAUUACUUCAACAAUUUUACUGGAAGUCGAUGCUUCCCACCACACCAAUGCCCAAAGCCAUCACUGAUUUGCUACACCCUGAUUGGAGGGAAGAGAAGGACACCGCUGUAAAUGUAGGGAAUGGUGGUGUAAAUGUUGGUGUAGAAAAGGGAAACCAGGGACAAGGUGGUGGCACUGAUGUUGAUGUUGGUGGAGGAAACGAUGGAGUGAAUGUACGCGCAGGACCAAAGGGAAAGCCAGUGCAUGUUGGAGUGGGGAAAUACUCUCCAUUUGAUUACAAUUAUGCAGCCAGCGAGACCCAGUUGCAUGAUGAUCCCAACGUGGCACUCUUCUUCCUGGAAAAGGACUUGCAUCAUGGAACCAAAUUGAACUUGCACUUCUCUCACACAUCAAACGUUGAGGCCACAUUCUUGCCUCGUCCUGUGGCUGAUUCCAUACCCUUUUCAUCAAACAGGGUCAGUGACAUAUUGCACAGGUUCUCCAUCAAGGCAGGGUCAGAUGAGGCUGAAAUGGUGAAGAACACCAUCGGUGAGUGCGAAGAGCCUAGCAUCAGAGGAGAGGAAAAGCGUUGCGUGACUUCCCUUGAGUCCAUGGUUGAUUUCGCGACUUCGAAACUUGGAAACAAUGUUGAUGCCGUCUCCACAGAAGUGGGAAAAGAGAGGGAGUUGCAAGAAUACACAAUGGCAGCAGGAGUUAAGAAGUUGGGUGAGGAGAAGGGUGUUGUGUGCCACAGUGAGAAAUACCCUUAUGCAGUGUUCUACUGUCACAAAUCAGAUAGCAUUAGAACCUAUUCUGUCCCAUUGGAGGGUGCUGAUGGAAGCAGGGUCAAAGCAGUUGCAGUGUGUCACACUGACACAUCAAAUUGGAAUCCCAAGCAUUUGGCCUUCCAAGUGCUUAAGGUUCAACCAGGAACUGUUCCCGUCUGUCACUUCCUACCUCAGGAUCAUGUCGCCUUUGUUCCUAAGUAG